GCUCUACCGUGUACACGUAGUGCACUGAACGUGUCGGCAGUCCACUUCAGUGUCUCAAAUCCUCCUCCCCGUAUGUUCGUCAAGAACUCCCUGGCUGGCAGAAUCUUUCCCACCGGCGUAUCACUUUUAGGUUGGCACGGCAAGGUUGCGUUUCGACAGAGGAUUGGGGCUGCACUGGCAACCGCCGCCGCUGGGGCUUCAACACCAACGUUGACGACUAUGGCGACUACGCCGGCAACGUUGUUCAUUUCGAACAAAUUUCGGGAGGCAAGGGAGGGAGCUACGUUCGAAGUCCUCAACCCUGCGACGGAAACGGUUCUUUCGGUUUGCGCCAACGGGGGGGAAGAGGACGUCGACGAGGCCGUCAAGGCGGCGCGCGCGUGCUUCGAAGGACCCUCGUGGGGAAUGAGCAGUACCGGCGUGCAGCGUGGGGGCUGUCUGAGAGCUCUGGCUUCAGCCAUUGAGGAUGACAAAGAGGCGUUUGCCCUUGCGGAGACUCAAGACACGGGCAAGCCUAUCGAAGACUCAGAGGGCGAGAUCGACGAGGCCAUUGACUACCUCAGGUACUACGCAGGUCUGGCGGAGGGUCUCGACGAGGAAAGCCCCGAGCAGCUGAAAACCCCCGACUACAACCAGAACUUUCGGACUCGAGUGGUUCGCGAGCCGAUAGGAGUGGUGGGCGCGAUUACACCUUGGAACUACCCCCUCUGCACGGCCGUGAACAAGGUGGCCGCCGCCCUGGCCGCCGGCUGCACCGUCGUCCUGAAACCGUCAGAGCUGGCUCCUUCCACGUGCCUCCGGAUGGCCGGACUCGCGGAGGCGGCCGGCUUCCCGCCCGGUGCCUUGAAUGUGGUGACCGGCGAGGGGUUUCCUACCGGGGAUGCGUUGUCGAGACACCCGGGGCUGGACAAGGUGUCCUUCACGGGGUCCGUCCCGACGGGCCAAAGGGUCAUGGCAGCAGCGGCGAAGGCAGGGCCGACCGACGUCCACCUCGAGCUAGGCGGCAAGAGCGCCAUGAUUGUGUUCGACGACGUGGAAGAAGUGGAGGCGGCCGUGGACUGGGCGUGCGUCGGGAUUUUCUCCAACUCCGGCCAGGUCUGCAGCGCGACCUCUCGACUGCUAGUGCAGUCGAAGAUCUACGACCAGGUUGUCUCAUCGGUCGUAGAUCGAGCGUCACGCAUUUCCGUAGGAGACCCCAUGAGGAGGGGACGUGAUGCCCCCGGCCCCUGCAUGGGUCCGCUCGUGAGCGGCCCGCAAAAGGAGAGGGUCCUUGGAUUCGUUACACGGGCCGUGGAAGGCGGAGCGACGGUUAUCUCAGGUGAUGGGGCCGACAGAAACGCCGCCGUGCAGAAACCCGCCGUCGGAUACUACGUGUCACCGACCAUCCUUUCGGAGGUGUCUGACGAGAAUGAGGCCUGGGACGCUGAGAUUUUCGGGCCGGUCCUCUGUGUGAGGCGUUUUGAGGAGGAAAGCGAAGCUAUCGAAUCUGCCAACCGCUCGGAGUUUGGCCUGGCGGCUUCGGUCAUGUCCUCGGACCAAGAGCGGUGCAAGAGAGUUUCCAGAGCGUUGCGGGCCGGAGUAGUCUGGGAAAACUGCAGCCAGUGCGCCCCCGUGGAGGCCCCGUGGGGAGGCUUCAAGAAGAGCGGGGUCGGGGGACGCGAGUUGGGGCGAUGGGGCUUGGACGAGUUCUUGGGCGUGAAAGCGAUCACCUCCUGCAAGCAGACUUUCAGCUACAACUCUUACGGCGGGGCGUCGCCUUCGACUUGA